GACCUUCUAAUAUAAAUUGGAAGGGUGAGGAGUCAGAGUUCGUCAGAGAACAGGAACCCAAUGAUUCCCAUAUGCCCAGUAGUAUCCUUCACCUAUGUGCCCAGCCGGCUAGGUGAAGAUGCCAAAAUGGCCACCGGCAACUACUUUGGAUUUGCCCAUGGUGGUGCCGCCGCUCAGUACAGUCAGCAGCCAGCCGCUGGGAUAGCUUACACGCACCCCACCACGGUGGCCAGCUACACCAUCCACCAGGCCCCGGUGGCAGCUCACACUGUGGCGGCCGCCUACGCGCCCACUGCUGCCACCGUAGCUGUGGCCCGGCCUGCUCCGGUCGCCGUGGCGGCAGCUGCCACGGCCGCAGCCUAUGGGGGUUACCAGCCAGCUCACGCGGCCACCGACUACAGCUACGCACAGAGGCAGCCGGACGCCCCCCCUCCACCCCCUCCCGUCACCUCGCAGAACUACCAGGACUCCUAUUCGUACGUGCGGUCCACAGCACCGGCUGUAGCUUAUGAUGGUAAACAGUACUACCAGCAGCCUGCCGCUACAGCAGCUGUGGCGGCUGCCACCGCUCAGCCACAACCCACUGUAGCCGAAACCUACUAUCAGACAGCUCCCAAAACUGGUUACAGCCAGGGGGCCACACAAUACACGCAGACCCAGCAAACCCGUCAGGUCACUGCCAUAAAGCCAGCCAUCCCCAGUCCUGCCACAUCCACCUUCUCCAUCUACCCCGUCUCGUCUACGGUGCAGCCAGCGGCGGCGGCGGCGACAGUGGUGCCGUCCUACUCCCAGAGCCCCACCUACAGUACCACUGCUGUCACAUACUCCGGCACGUCGUACUCCGGCUACGAGGCUGCUGUCUACUCGGCCGCCUCUUCCUACUACCAGCAGCAGCAGCAGAAACAGGCAGUGGCAGCGGUGGCAGCCACAGCGGCCUGGACGGGCAGCACCUUCACCAAGAAACCACCCUUCCAGAACAAGCAGCUGAAGCCCAAACAGCCGCCAAAGCCACCACAGAUCCACUACUGCGACGUCUGCAAGAUCAGCUGUGCAGGACCGCAGACGUACAAGGAGCACCUGGAAGGUCAGAAGCAUAAGAAGAAGGAGGCGGCGCUGAAGGUGUCUCAGAGCAGCAGCGCUGGAGGUGCUGGAGGAAACGGACCCGCGCGUGGCACCCAGAACCAGCUACGCUGUGAGCUGUGCGACGUCUCCUGCACCGGGGCGGACGCCUAUGCGGCUCACAUCCGCGGGGCCAAGCACCAGAAGGUAGUGAAGCUUCACACAAAGCUUGGCAAGCCCAUUCCUUCCACUGAGCCCAGUGUUGUGACACAGACGUCGGCGGCCACCACAGUGGCCCCCAGUAAGCCGCCCAGUUCCACCGUGAGCAGUGUGACCAGCAGCAGCAGCAGCAGUUUAGUCACCCCUGCGUCUUCGUUCCUGAAGCCUGUCAGCAUCAUGGGCGGCACCGGAACACCGACCACUCCGGCCAAGGGCCCCGCCCCCAUCACUUUACCUGCAAAUGCCACCGUAGUCAAGAAGGUCAACACACCCAAAAUCAACUUCGUUGGUGGAAAUAAACUCCAAACCGCCACGGUGAAGAUGGACGAAGCCAAAAGCGAGCUGGCGAAGGCAGCGCAGCCAGUGCUGGCAGCGCCAACGCCGGAGGUGAAAGUGGAGACGGCGGCGGAGAUGCUGGGGGCCCAGUCUGCCCUGGCAGCCCUGCAGAGCGACGUCCAGCCAGUGGGUCACGAUUAUGUGGAAGAGGUACGCAACGAUGAAGGAAAAGUGAUCCGCUUCCACUGCAAGCUGUGCGAAUGCAGCUUUAAUGACCCAAAUGCUAAGGAGAUGCAUUUAAAGGGAAGGAGACACCGCCUUCAGUACAAGAAAAAAGUAAACCCAGAUCUGCAGGUGGAGGUGAAGCCUAGCAUCCGUGCGAGGAAGAUUCAGGAGGAGAAGAUGAGGAAACAGAUGCAGAAGGAGGAGUACUGGCGGAGGCGCGAGGAAGAGGAGCGCUGGAGGAUGGAGAUGAGGCGCUAUGAGGAAGACAUGUACUGGAGACGCAUGGAGGAAGAGCAGCACCACUGGGAUGAGCGGCGCAGGAUUCCAGAUGGAGGCUACCCCCAGGGCCCACCCGGACCCCCUGGCCUGCUGGGAGUCAGGCCCGGCUUACCCAUCCCCCAGCCGCCAGGACCAGUGCCCCCCCGUCGACCGGACUCCUCGGAUGACCGCUAUGUGAUGACUAAGCAUGCAGCCAUCUAUCCUGUAGAGGAGGAGCUACAGUCCAUCCAAAAGAUUGUGUCCAUCACAGAGCGGGCACUGAAACUGGUCUCUGACAUCAUCACCGAUCAGGACAAGAGUAAGGAAGAAGACAAUGAUAAGAAGGAUGUCCAGAAGGACAGGGCUCUGAAGGGGGUGAUGAGAGUGGGAGUCCUGGCAAAAGGCCUUCUGCUUCGUGGAGACAAGAAUGUCAACCUGGUCCUCCUCUGCUCUGAAAAGCCCACCAAGAGCCUCUUAACUUGCAUAGUGGAGCACCUCCCUAAGCAGCUCACGCUGGUAACGCCAGAGAAGUAUGAAGUGGAGGCGUCUAUCCAGGAGGCGGCCAUCAUCCUGACUUCCUGUGACGAGCCGAAGAUGGAGGUGACCAUCACGCUGACCUCGCCAAUCAUCCGUGAGGAGAAUGCUCGGGAUGGAGAUAUAACCUCGGGUUUGGUGAAAGACCCAGCGGACGUCUUGGACAGGCAAAAAUGCCUUGACGCUCUGGCUGCUCUCCGCCACGCUAAGUGGUUCCAGGCUAGAGCAAAUGGACUUCAAUCCUGCGUGAUUAUUAUUCGCAUUCUGCGUGAUCUCUGUCAGCGUGUGCCCACUUGGUCUGCCUUUCCCAGCUGGGCAAUGGAGCUGCUUGUUGAGAAGGCUAUAAGCAGUGCAUCUGGGCCCUUGAGUCCUGGAGAUGCACUGCGGAGAGUCUUUGAAUGUAUUUCCUCUGGGAUACUACUAUCAGGUGGUCCAGGAUUGAUAGACCCCUGUGAGAAGAACGCCACAGACACCCUGACCACCAUGUCUGAACAGCAAAGGGAGGACAUUACUUCCAGCGCACAGUUCGCCCUGAGGCUUCUUGCCUUUCGCCAGAUCCACAAGGUUCUGGGUAUGGACCCCCUUCCUCAGAUGAAUCCGCGCUUCAACGUCCGCAACAACCGCAAGAGGCGGAGGGACAACAGUGAUGGAGUCGACGGCUUUGAGGGCGAAGGGAAGAAGGACAAGAAAGAUUAUGAUAGCUACUAGGCAUUCCCACACCACCGAUGCUAUUAAACACUAAUAUAAAAUGUUGUAUACAUACCCAUUUGUUUUUUAUUUUUUUUCCCAAAUUUAGUUUUGUGACCCUCUUUAGUGUAGUUGGUCUAACCUCAGUUUUUCCUAUAAUUUUAAAAGCAGUUGUCAGACUGCUGCUAAACUGGGUAUUACUGAUGUCCUAAAUGUCUGUGCUGUGCUGUACUGCUUGGCUUCAGAGUGAACUAGUCGGCCAGGCCUGUGGUCAUCAAAGAAAAAGCAGGUUUCCCUGUCAGUGUCUGAAGUUGAAUAUUUAUAAUUAUUAUAGCUUCCUAUGCUCUGCUAGUCUGUCAAAGGACAUUGUAACACCCAAAAUAAAAACUAGAUUAAUAUAUGAAUCUGCUGUUCUAGGUAUUCAUUGAGAGGAACAUGCCAUCUAGGUGCUCACAAGCAUAUCAUUUUAAACUAGUUACAUUUAGGCGGUUGGAGAUUGUCCAGCCUAAAUAAAGCACAGUCUAGGACCAUAGAUAUCUUUUCUAAGUGGUGUUAUUUGAGUUGAGUUCAUUCAAAUAGAAUAAUGCAAACCCUGUAUGGCUAAUGUCUUGUGCUAAGGCUGGACUUGGAAUGUGUUCAUGUAAAGAGCUCAUGCCAGAUUGUCAUGCUUUUGCAGAUUCUUGUGGCAUUGUAUUAAAUUUUCAAUGGUCACUCAUUUUUUGAAUAGUUUAAUGUUUAUUCAACAAUUUAAUUAACCCUUUGUCAUCAGUGCAUGCCCCACACAUUAUGUAUUUUCUUUUAUUUAGGCAUUUGUAAUAAUUUUAAACCUUGAUUUAAAUGCUUUAUCGUAUCUAAAUCAAAUGACAAUGCAGUUGUGAAUUUGUGGCAGUUGCAUGCCACUUUAGUGUUUUGUAUAGACCUUUAUGCCUUUCAUGCGGUCACUGUGGAAGUGUACUACUGCAUUACAAUGGGAAGAAUUUUUUUCCUUUACGCAUGUACCUGAUGAUGGAACUGCAUAUCAAUUUUGCACAUCAUUUAUGCAUUGUAAAUGUAGUGUUUAAUGAAGACCCCCUCAACCCAUAGUGACCAGUGUUGGAUAAUACAUUGCUUUGACUGAUGUUUAAAUUGUGGUAAAUGUAAUUCUGCUUUACCAAAAAAAAAUUACAACGAAAGACCGUUCCCAGCUUUUAUCAAAGCGCUAAUAAAAUAAGCCUCCUAGGUUGUUACAUUUGA